AAGUUCCGGUAUAUAUCCCUGUCAUGGCGGGACGCGCUUAAUACAAACAUUUUGCCCCUUAAACCACCUGUAAAGGACAGCAGCAGUCGGUAAUGAACAAAACAGGCAACACAGCCGGAGGUAGGGAGCGCCCACCGCCGGUGAAAGUGCUGUCCGGUCAGCUGAGGACAGCAGAGAGCCGGGGGACCGCCGACAGCGGGGAUGGGUUUGUGAUCAAACUGGGCAGGGGUCGCACUCUGCUGGUGUCACUGGUGUGGAUGCAGGGGACUGUAAUGGAUGUCCAGCUGGACAGAAACAUCGUGCUGCUGAUGGAUGAGACGGGGACGUUUGCUGUUCAAGGUGUCAACAAUAUCCCCAAAGGAAAACCAUGUUUGUCCCAAGGCAAAUAUGUCAUGGUGAUGGGUGUCAUCCAGGCCGUCUCCCCGGAGCCAGUCAUCCGAGCCGUGAAGAUGGCAGACCUCUCCGAGCUCGCUGCACUUCACAGACGGAUGUGGAAGCUGGAGGUGGAGGACCUGCAGCAGAUGCUGACCUGAAUGCAGAGCUGUUUGUGGAGACGCUGCCUCGCUGGUGGCAGAACGACCUGCUCUUGUCUUGUGUGUGCAGCUGAGUAUGCAGCAUUGAAGUGAUUCUGGACAAAUGGAAAAACGGCUUCACAGGACUCAACAGCGGAUUCUGCUUGAUGUCAGGCCUCUGACUGGGAGGUGUGAUGCAAGAGUGACAAAGACUUCGACAUGAGAAAACAGGCUUGUAUUUGUGCAUCCACUAUUUAUGCUGUGAAGUGUGAUGCUUAAGUAAGAGACACCUUUCCACUUGGAUCCUUCAGCAAGGAGGUCUGAGUUUUAUAGAAGAGAAGUGGAGCUGUAGGCCUCUUAUAAUGUCUGAAGACGAUCUGCUAACACAUGGGGAGAUUUAGGAGCCUCGUGUAUCACUAGAGGGAAAGGGCAUUUUUUAAUCUGGACCAUAUUUUUCCUUCUUUUUCUUUUCUUUUUUUUUGCACAUCUAAGUGACUAAUGGGAACAACAACUUUUGAAACUGGUCCAGUAUGGGUCCUUCAGAGAUACUGUCACACUUAUAAUCAUCUGAGCCUGUCAGUGGUAAAAACAAGCACAAUGUACAUUUCAUUGCAGUAUUGCUGUAUUAUUGAUGACAUUGCAGCCCAUUUGGCAGCUGCAGCCUUCUUGUUAAUAUACUGGACCAAUUUCAAAAUUUUUGUUUAGUUCCCAUUAGUCAGUAGACACAAAAAUGUGGAAAAAUUGCAUCCAGGUUAAAAAAAAAUACACAAGAUUCCCUCAUUAUAGUAAAUGUUUUGUCAGAAUACCACUAGUGUCAUCUCUGUAAUAAUCUGGCACUCAGAGUAGAUAUACGAUGGCAGAUGGUUAUAUAAAUAUUAAAUAAAGGUGAGUCAGAUCUGAAGUACUUUGCCUACUUUUCUCUACUGAAAACUGAGUUUAGAUGCUGUGCUGUUAGAAAACCCUGUUUUUCGAGAACAAAAUAUUAAGUGCCAUCUUUAUUUUUGCAGAUAACUAAUCACAGUGCAAAAAUGUUAAGUUUAAUACAGAUGGGAUUGGAGCUGCUUAAUGUAAUAUGCCAAAAAAAUUGAUAUAUCAUAAAAAAUAGUUGUGGUAUGUCACAAAAAAUGUCAUUAACAAUUACAUAACAUAGUGGGCCAUAAAAA